CGCACCCUUCCAUCAGAUUGGCCGAAAUCUUUUAGCGCGACGUGCUCCAGCCAAUCACGACAUUGUUUUUCUCUACACGGCGAUAACGCGGAUAGUAAGAUAAGGGAUUAAUGACCGAAACACAAACUAUUACAAACAAUUGUCGCCCUCGCUGCCAUUGUUGGAUAACGCCGCUUAACUGACCGUCCUUCUGUCUCGCCGUUUUGUGGAAAUGCGGCGCCGUAACUGCGGGGAUACGCAACAUGGAUAACGUCGAGCUAACUAGCUUUAGCAUUUAACGGCUACUUCCUGUCGUUCGUCGUAGGCCGCGAGCGAGCUGCACCCUCCUCUUCAGUCGUCAUCGACGAUGUGAGUUAACGUCAAGAGACAAAAUAACACAAUCGCGCAAACACGACACUCCUCCGCCGUGUCGAUUCAGCGGUUAGUGGUUUACGUUGAAGUUUCUCGUAAUCGAGCUCGCCGGCCAGCUAGCUUGUUAGCCGUUGCGGCUAGCUCGCCAACAUGAGUGAACUGACGGACUGCAAACCGAGCGCCGACUCCGAAUCGAGGAAAAGGCGCCCGUCACCGGACUACGAUGAGGGAGCCUCUAUUCCCAGUAAAUCUUCCAAAGUAGAGGACGCAUCUGGUGAAGCACAGGAUGCCCUGGAACGUUGCAAAAACAGCGAGAGCACCGAAGAGAGACAUUCCAAGCGUGACGAGGAAGCAGAAAGUUCACAAAGUCUCCACAGCCCUGCCUCUGCACCUGUCAGCCACUCCAAUUCCGCUUCCGCAGACCGCACAUCCAGGGAACCGCAGUCCUCACAGGCUCAGAGGUGUGCUGAUGCGAGGGACGAUGCGGAUGCGAGCACAGGACCCGAGCCCAGUCAUCUUCUGGACCAGUCGGACUCGGACUCGGCUGCCAUCGCAGCCGCCGAAGCCCUCGCGAGCCUCACGGGAGGAGACGGCGAAGACGGCCGAGAGACUCUGUGCUCGCCCGAUAGAGCAAAGCAAGUCAAGCAAGGGGGCAAAGUAAAACAGCGCGGCGACAAGCUGGCCCUCAGAGCGCAUUCGAAAACGUGGGCGGCUGCCGCAGAUAGCUCCACAUCUGCGCACAGCAAAGACAGAGAGGACGCAGACAAGUUGGAAAACGCCGGCCAAGGUGGCGAAUCCAUGUCUGGGUCUUCCUCCACACCGAGCUCCUCUUUCCUGUCCGAGAACGAGGACAAUGAGGACGGUGAGUGCGCCAUUGUGUCUGUUAAGAUGGCUCCCGAGAUGAGACAGUCAGUGGCUCUCCUGGCGCAGGUACAGAUGAGACUGGAAGCUCUUGAGAAGAAAAGCGCCUGGCUCCACCAGCGCCUGGAGCUGAAGAUCGGCCGCAUGCGGCGGCCUCAUCUCGAGCAACGUAGCUCCAUCACAAAAACCAUCCCGGGCUUCUGGGUGACCGCUCUGCUGAACCACCCUCACCUCUCGGCUCACAUCGAUGAGACGGACGAGGAUGCGCUCAGCUACAUGACCGAUCUGGAGAUUGAGACGUUCAAGAACCACAAAGUGGGUUUCCGGAUCCGCUUCCACUUCAGACGGAACCCGUACUUCCAGAACAACAUCAUCAUGAAGGAACUGCACCUCGGACUGGGAGCGACUCCCAUGUCCUUCUCCAAUCCCAUCCUGUGGCAUCGCGGUCACAAUUUGAUGGCCCACAGCGAACCCAGGAAGAUGUCACGCGGCGUCUACCAGACGUUUUUCAGCUGGUUCGGAGACCACAGCAACCCCGGUCAAGACGACGUCGCGCAGAUCCUGAAGGACGACCUGUACAGGGACCCUUUGAGAUACUACCUCACGCCGCUCUGGCAGCCGAGAGAGAACGGCAGCGACGGCGACGGCGCCGCAGCAGCGCCCGACCACGGCAAUGGCGACGACUGCGUGGUCAUCUCCGACUCAGACGAGGAAACUGGCGAGGCGGAACGAGAACGCAGCGGCGGAGAGGAAGAGGAGGAGGAAAAAGAAGAAGAGGAGGAGGAAGAGGAGGAGGAGGAGGUGCCAAGUGCAGAGGAGAGCCACGAAGAAGGCGGAGGCGGAGAAAUUGUGAUCGACGGGUCGGAUGACAGCGAGCAGGGCGAUGAAGCCUAAAGCAGCCACUCGGGAAGGAUAGCGGCCGGGUAUGCCCCAACAUCUUCCUGAUGUUAGUUACAUUAUGCACACAAAAUAUCAUAUUUUUGUAAUAUGUACCUAAAUAUGAUCUGUAGAAGCUUUUUAAAUCAGGGUUAACUUAAUAAAGCCAAGGCAAGGUGA